CGCACUCAGCAGACCUUCUGGGUAAGUAGAAAUUCCAAGAUAAUGCUGGCUCCGCCUCCCCCUUUCCAUCCGAACUAUAUCUGGAUGGUACAAGCAUUAAGGACGAUAAGGAGGUCUAUAUGAUAAUGGCCCAAGCACCCAAUCCGCUGGCCUGACGCUUAAUCUUUCGUCAAACAACCCCUUUCGCAACCGAGCUGCUUCGCCCAAUAGCUUGACGUCCCCUCCCCAUUCACCAUUUGAUGACCCCCCUCCGCCUCCCAGACCUACUUCAAGGAACCCUUUCCUCGAUCCCUCUAACCAACCAUCAACAGCUCGUGUGAGUUCACCAGACAAGAUGGCACCUCAGGAUCAAAAGACUGGAGUCGAUGACUUAUUUGGAAGCUUGUCGCUCGAGGACAAAUCUCGACAGGCUCCUGGACGACCGAUGAAUCGCCCCCCUGGAGCCCCGCCUCGAGGCGAAAACAAUCCUCCUCGCGGUCGCGCCGCACCACCUUCUUCAUCGCACAGGCCAACCCGAUCGCAAGAAGAAGCCCUGAAAGCGCGCCGAUUGCCUAGCGCCUCGGUCGGAGAGAAGAAUGCGCCCUCACCUCAGAAGCGACCGUCGGAACGCCGCCCUCGACGUAACAGCGAUUCUUCGAUGUUGGAGAAGCCUUUGACGGACGAAGAGAAGAAGGCACGUGAGCUUAAACGCAAGGAGCGCGAGCGACGUCACCGCGACGGUAAAGAUAAGCCUCGCACUGGUCGAAAACUCGAUAUUAUCGAUCAACUUGAUGCUACGAGCAUUUAUGGAACUGGACUAUUCCAUCACGAUGGUCCAUUUGAUGCCUGCAAUCCGCACCGAAACCGCAAGGGCAGCCGCCGUGCACCGAUGCAGGCGUUCGCUAAGGAUUCGGCCAACAAUUCUAUCGGUGGCGCAGGUCCCCUUACUCAAAGACCCGACCACAAGCAAUUCAUGGGACAAGAGCCACAUGAAGCUUCCGCCAUGUUCAGUACUGCGGCCAAAGAAAGGAAUGGAAGUAAGAGCGAGGCGACCUUCUUCGAUCCGAAGCAGGCGGGUGAAUUAGUCGAUGGCGAGGAGACUCUUGGACUGGGAUCAUCGACUUUCCUGGAGGGUACCCCGGCAGCCCGUGCGGCAAUUCAACGAAACCAGGCCGAGACAGCGCAAGAGUUCAUGGAGCAGGGUUUGGGAAGAAAGAAGUCGGUGGUUCAGCGUUUCCGAAGCAUCAAGCGCCCCGCGCGUGACUACAGCGAUUCCCCACGAAUUACCAGUCCGGACAGCUACUAUACCCCGAAGUCGGGUGACAUAUCGGCCGGUGGCACUAAUGGAGAAAGGAACCCGUUCUUCACGGAGUUCGACAGAACAGAGGAGCGCAUCUCUGUCAAACGUUCAGAUUCGAACCCGGUUAGUCCAACGCUCUCCGGUCCUGGUCUGGAGCGUCGAACGACUGAUGAUGGAGUAGUAACAGCCGAAUCGCCGGACGGAUCGAAGCCGGGAAGCAACGGAUUCCUAUCGCGCGUCAGGAGCCUGAAGGGAGGGAAACGACAGCGACCGGAACCACCUAGCAGGGACUUCUCGGCACCGAAACCUGGCAUGGCGAUCUGAAACCGAGUUGCGAGAAGACUAAUGAGUAGUGUUGUGGAUUAUUUCUCAUAAGGUAGCUGAUACAUGCAGCUGCAUUCAGGACUUGAGCCAGGUUCGGUAGUUACUAGAGACAAUAACAGUACAUGGUGUUUGUAAACUUCGGAUUUCACGCCGAUCUAUGACGGCGAAUUCAUGACGAUUACUUCAAGAAACUUUUCUCUGUUGAAAGUGCAAAAUGGGCGUGGCUGGAGAAGACGAGAUAUGGGAGAGCUUCUAGGCGCCGGCAACUUGCAUCAACACUCAUUUGAUGAGGCUCACCUUUGUGUCUGGAUAGCUUCUUGCGUUGUCUUAUUAGGAAGGAGCGGCAGGUCCGGAUGGUCUGUCAGCAUUACUAGUGGAGGCAGCAAAAGGAAAUUAGGGGAGACAUUGGUAUUGCUAGUGGUCAUCAGGUGAAGUUCAUGCAGAUUGAGAUGAACGAAUCGAGGCCUAGUUGUAUGAUGAUACAGGUAGCUAGCUAUAGAAACAUGCUCUGCUUUGAGAAAAGAAAAAAAGGAAUAAAGGAUACUUUGAUAUGAAUGUGUAAAUUCUCCACUUUGGAGAACCUUCGCAUAAUACAUUUCUAGGAACAAAUUCCAUUAAUCAUGA